AUGUUAAUCAAUUAUAAUAAGCCAAAUAUAUUCAUUGUGGAUAAAAUAAGAAAGGAGAUUACAAUAGUAGAAGUUGGAAUUACUGGAUUUGAAAAUCUCCACGCUUUUGAGACAAAGAAGAAACAUAAGUAUGAUCUCCU